UGUGAACACCAGUCAGACUGUUGAACAGUGAGUGAACAUUGACGGUCUUUCUUUCGCAGCAAACGCAAGUGCUGCGGCAACAGACUGGUGUUUCCCCAAGCAGUGAGGGCAGAGGGGAACUGUGGAGAGGAUUGAAACCAAUGUCCCUUGAGAAAAUAACAUAGUCUCCAAACAUGACUUCAGUUUGGAAGAGACUUCAGCGUGUCGGCAAGAAAGCCUCGAAAUUCCAGUUUGCGGCGACUUUUCAAGAACUGACGGUAGAAUGCACGAAGAAAUGGCAACCAGACAAACUGAGAGUGGUAUGGACCAGGAGAAACAGACGAAACUGCACCAAGCUGCAUGGAUGGCAGCCGGGCAUCAAGAACCCCUACAGGGGCACGGUGGUAUGGCAGGUGCCCGAAAACCUGGACAUCAAUGUCACCCUUUUCAAGGAGCCGACUGCAGACGAAUUUGAAGACAAGGACUGGACGUUCAUCAUUGAGAAUGAGACUAACAAGGGCCACAGGAAGGUGCUGGCAUCGGUGGACGUCAACAUGAAGAAGUUUGCCAGCGCCACGCCUGCCCAGUAUGACCUGACGCUGAAGCUCAAGCCUCUGUCGGUGAAGGUGGUGGAGGCCACGCUCAAACUGACCUUGACCUGCGUCUUCCUCAAAGAGGGCAAGGCCACAGAUGAGGACAUGCAGAGUCUGGCCAGUCUGAUGAGCCUGAAGCAGAGUGACAUCGGCAACCUGGAUGACUUCAACGAUAGUGAGGAGGAAGAGGGCGGAAGAAGAGCCAGCAUCGGAGCCAGCAUGGGAGCCGCAACUCCCGUCACAGCCUCCACAAAAAGAAUACGUGAUCAGGCAUGGAGACCUGUGAUUGACCCAGAGGCCACAGUCCCCCCUGCUGUGCUCCAGACUGCAGAAUGGAUGCACCAGGUGGUUCCCACCAUGGUCCACCCCAAUUUGAAGAGACUGGUCUCCCCUCCUCUGGAGCUCCCCCACUCACCCUCUCUUCUCACCCCCUAUCCUGUUCCUUCUCCUGUGCUCUCUGCUGGCUCUCAGACUCAAGUCCCCACUGCCCCCAUCCCAGCACCAGUCACUGCUCCCCAAGAGACAGAGUUUCAGAGGCAGUUGAGCACUCUGACAGAGGAGGAAUACACCACUGCCACAACUCCCACCCGCACUGCUGGAAUGAUCAGUAUUGCCAAUCAGAGGCCAGACCCAUCAACAUCCUCACUUGACCCAUUGGCUAAGCCCUUUGAGACGAGCGCUUAUGCGAGAAGAUGGGGGGCAGACUCAAUGUUUGGAAUGGAGGUUGUCCAGGGAACGACAGGACCUCAAAAUAUGGCUUCAUCAUCACCAAGAGUUGCCAGUGCACCAGGGUUUCCAUCCACUCAAGCGUCCUUUUCAGAGGCUCAAUUGGAAGACUACCCAGUGGACACAAGCAUAUUAUGGGAGAAACCAACAAAGGACGGUCCACAGCUGGCCAUGGAUAGAUCAAAAGAGGAGAGAGAUAUGGUGAGAUUUAUGGCAGAUAUAGUCCCAUCUUGCCCAAGAACUGCCAGCAUUCCAGGCUUUCCGUCUACACAUCUGUCCAAAGAAGUCGAGGUAGAGAGGGAACCUAACAUGGCAGAUCUAAUGCCAAGAGUGGCUGGCACACUCACAUUCCCUUCUCUUGAAAGUCAGGUAGAGGAGUGUACAGUCAACACUGAGGCAAUUUGUAAGAAGACAGUGAAGGGGAAAGAAGGGGUGACCAUUAGGUCCAGUCCACAUUUGGACACAUUACAAGAAGAGCUUAUGAAACACAUGGUGACUGUGGAGCUAUCGUGCCCUACUGCAGAAAGUAUUCCCGGCUUCCCCUCUGCACCACACCCCAAAGCUGAGGUAGAUCUAAGUAUGUUGAGUCUUGUGCCCGCUUGUCCUAAAGUAUCCAGUCUCCCGGGUUUUGCAUCCACUGAGGGGGCUGCAACAUUAGAGUGGCUUGUUGACCCUAAGCAUAUGUUUGAGCACUUGGAGAAAAAGAAGAAGAAAGAAGAAGAAACUGUUUUUCCAAAGGACAGAUCAAAAGAAGACAGUGAAAAAAUGAAAGCAAUGGUUGCUUUGAUGCCAUGUUGCCCAAAACCAUCCCUGAUUCCUGGUUUCCCCUCUGCACCACAUCCAGCAGCUGAAGUGCGGACAAGUAGUGUGAAUCUUGUUCCCUCCUGCCCUAAAGUUUCUAGUCUCCCUGGUUUUCCAUCCAUUGAGAAGGAUAGGGAAGCAGGGUGGGUUGUUGAUCAGAGCUCAUUGUUCAAGAUACCAUUAAAGGAUAGGAAAGUCAUUAUUGACAGCUUAAAGGUAGACAAAGAGGAAAUUAAAACCAACUUUUCAAUGCGUCCUUCAUGUCCUGACGCUGCCAGGAUCCCUGGCUUCCCGUCUGCACCACAACCCAAUAUGUUGAGUCUUCCCGCUUUCCCUGAAGUUUCCGGUCUCCCUGGUUUCACAUCUACUGAGGGGAUUACAACAUUAGAGUGGCUUGUUGAUCCCAAGCCUAUGUUUGAGCACUUGCAGAAGAGCAAGAAAGAAGAAGUCUUUCCAAAAGACAAAUUUAGGAAGGAAGACAUUGAAAAAAUGAAAGCAAAGGUUGCAUUGGUGCCAUGUUGCCCAGAAGCAUCCAUGAUUCCUGGCUUCCCCUCUGUACCGCAACCCCAAGAGAUAUAUUUUGAGCCAACUAUACUCAGCCUUCUUUCAUUGUGUCCAAAAGUCUCCAGUAUUGCAGGUUUCCCAUCCCGUCAGCAAACUGACAGAAAAGAUUGGCACACAGAUCUGCCCGAGGAUCAUCAGCCAUUUUGGGAGAAGCAAAUGAAGGUGAACCCAGAUUUGAAAAUGGAAAGGUCAGAAAAAGAACAAGCUAAGACGAAAGGAAUGGUGGCUCUGGUACCAUCUUGUCCCAAAGUAGCUCACACUCCUGGUUUCCCAUCUGUAUCACAACCCAAAGAGGUAUAUUAUGGGCCUAGUAUUGUCAGUCUAUCAUGUCCAAAAGUCUCCAGUAUGGCAGGUUUCCCAUCCCGUCAGCAAACUGACAGAAAAGAUUGGCACACAGAUCUGCCCCAGGAUCAUCAGCCAUUAUGGGAGAAGCAAAUGAAGGUGAAGCCUGUUGUUAUAAUGGAAAGAUCAGAAAUAGACAAAGAAAGUAUGAAAGGAAUAGUGGCUCUGGUACCAUCUUGUCCCAAAGUAGCUCACACUCCUGGUUUCCCAUCUGUACCACAACCCAAAGAGGUCUUUUAUGGGCCAGGUAUGAUCGGCCUAUCAUGUCCAAAGGUCUCCCGUAUUGCCGGUUUCCCAUCCCGUCAGCAAACUGACAGUAAAGAUUGGCACACAGAUCAGCCUGAGGAUCAUCAGCCAUUAUGGGAGAAGCAAAUGAAGGUGAAGAUGAUGUUAUUGAUGGAAAUAUCAGAAAAACAGAAACAAGAUAUGAAAGAAAUGUUGGCACUGGUACCAUCUUGUCCGAAAGUGGCUCGUAUCCCUGGUUUCCCAUCUGUACCACAACCCAAAGUAGUAUAUUAUGGGCCAAGUAUUGUCAAUCUUCUUCCAUUGUGUCCAAAAGUCUCCAGUAUUGCCGGUUUCCCAUCCCAUCAGCAAACUGACAGCAAAGAUUGGCACACAGAUCUGCCUGAGGAUCAUCAGCCAUUAUGGGAGAAGCAAAUGAAGGUGAAGCCUGUUGUUAUAAUGGAAAGAUCAGAAAUAGACAAAGAAAGUAUGAAAGGAAUAGUGGCUCUGGUUCCAUCCUGUCCAAAAAUGUCUCUGGUGCCUGGUUUCCCAUCUGUACCGCAACCCAAAGAGGUCUAUUAUGGGCCAAGUAUGAUCUGUCUAUCAUGUCCAAAAAUCUCCCGUAUUGCCGGUUUCCCAUCCCAUCAGCAAACUGACAGAAAAGAUUGGCACACAGAUCUGCCUGAGGAUCAUCAGCCAUUAUGGGAGAAGCAAAUGAAGGUGAAGCCUGUUGUUAUAAUGGAAAGAUCAGAAAUAGACAAAGAAAGUAUGAAAGGAAUAGUGGCUCUGGUUCCAUCCUGUCCAAAAAUGUCUCUGGUGCCUGGUUUCCCAUCUGUACCGCAACCCAAAGAGGUCUUUUAUGGGCCAAGUAUGAUCUGUCUAUCAUGUCCAAAAGUCUCCCGUAUUGCCGGUUUCCCAUCCCGUCAGCAAACUGACAGAAAAGAUUGGCACACAGAUCUGCCUGAGGAUCAUCAGCCAUUAUGGGAGAAGCAAAUGAAGGUGAAGCCUGUUGUUAUAAUGGAAAGAUCAGAAAUAGACAAAGAAAGUAUGAAAGGAAUAGUGGCUCUGGUUCCAUCCUGUCCAAAAAUGUCUCUGGUGCCUGGUUUCCCAACUGUACCACAACCCAAAGAGGUCUAUUAUGGGCCAAGUAUGAUCUGUCUAUCAUGUCCAAAAGUCUCCCGUAUUGCCGGUUUCCCAUCCCGUCAGCAAACUGACAGAAAAAAUUGGCACACAGACCAGCCUGAGGAUCAUCAGACAUUAUGGGAGAAGCAAAUGAAGAAGAAGAUGAUGUUAUUGAUGGAAAUAUCAGAAAAACAGAAGCAAGAUAUGAAUGAAAUGUUGGCUCUGGUACCAUCUUGUCCGAAAGUGGCUCGUAUCCCUGGUUUCCCAUCUGUACCACAACCCAAAGUAGUAUAUUAUGGGCCAAGUAUGAUCGGUCUAUCAUGUCCAAAAGUCUCCAGUAUGGCAGGUUUCCCAUCCCGUCAGCAAAGUGACAGCAAAGAUUGGCACACAGAUCUGCCUGAGGAUCAUCAGCCAUUAUGGGAAAAGCAAAUGAAGGUGAAGCCUGUUGUUAUAAUGGAAAGAUCAGAAAUAGACAAAGAAAGUAUGAAAGGAAUAGUGGCUCUGGUUCCAUCCUGUCCAAAAAUGUCUUUGGUGCCUGGUUUCCCAUCUGUACCGCAACCCAAAGAGGUCUAUUAUGGGCCAAGUAUUGUCAACCUUCUGCCAUUGUGUCCAAAAGUCUCCAGUAUUGCAGGUUUCCCAUCCCGUCAGCGAACUGACAAACAUUAUUGGCACAUAGAUCUGCCUGAGGAUCAUCAGCCAUUAUGGGAGAAGCACAUGGAGGUGAAGCCAGUUGUGAUAAUGGAAAGAUCAGAAAUAGACAAAGCCAAGAUGAAAGGAAUAGUAUCUCUGGUACCAUCUUGUCCGAAAGUGGCUCGUACCCCUGGUUUCCCAUCUGUACCACAACCCAAAGAGGUCUAUUAUGGACCAAGUAUCAUCUGUCUUUCAUGUCCAAAUGUCUCCAGUAUUGCAGGUUUCCCAUCCAAUCAGCAAACUGAAGGAAAAGAUUGGCACACAGAUCCACCCAAGGAGCAUCAACCAUUAUGGGAGAAGAAAAUGAAGAAGCUGAUUUUAUUCAUGGAAAUAUCAGAAAAAGACAAACAAGAAAUGAAAGGAAUGGUGGAUCUGGUACCAUCAUGCCCUACUGCAGCAAAUAUUCCUGGCUUCCCCUCUGCACCACAUCCCAAAGCUGAGGUAGAUAUAAGUAUGUUGAGUCUUGUGCCCACUUUCCCUAAAGUUUCCAGUCACCCUGGUUUUGCAUCCACUGAGGGGGCUACACAUUUAGACCCCAAGCCUAUGUUUGAGCUCUUGAAUAAGAAAGAAGAAAACAUUCUCCCAGAAGACGGAUCAAAAGAAGACAUUGACAAAACAAGAGCAAUGGUUGCUUUGGUGCCAUGUUGCACAGAAGCAGCCGGGAUUCCUAGCUUCCCCUCUGCACCACAACCUAAGAAGGAAGUAAAUAGUGUGGAUUUCACACAAUCGUGCCCCAUAAUCUCCAGUCUACCAGGUUUGCCAACUACGGCCAAAGUCCCGACAGGAAAUUUGCAGGUUGAACAGAAGCCUCUGUUUGAGAAGACACUGAAAGAUGAGACCAUAAUAAUCCAAGAUAGGUCAGCAGAAUUCAAAGGAAAUAUGAAAAAUAUAGUGGCACGUGAGAGUCUCACUCCUGGGUUCCUGUCCUUACCACAACCUAAAGCAAUGGAAGAACGAACCAUGUCUGCUCUACACCCAUCUUGUGCAAAUGAAUCUACAGUAGCUGGAUUACUUUCUAGACAGCCAAUUGAAUUAGCUCUGGCCCAGGGAGAAGGAUCUGUGAGUUCUAUGCAGCCAUUGUAUGAAAAUCCCUUGAAGGAUAGGUCAGAGGAUACCAUACUUUCCAAGCCUGACCUUGGCAGUGCAGUUGGUGAUGAAGGCCUUAAAACUAUGGUUGCACUGGCACCAUCUUGCCCCGAGGCAGCAAGCGUUCCUGGUUUUCCAUCUGUGCCCCCUCACAGUCCAGAGUCUGUAGAGGCACAUGAGACAAGUAUGCAGACAAAGGAUAAAGAGGUUGAUGGAGAACCCGCAGAGUAUGUUCUAGAUAAGGGUGUCCUCAGCAGCCCACAAAUAGAGAAGUCCACACCUGAGGAUAUCCCAAAGCCCUCAGCAGUGUCAGAACCAGAGCUAGUCUUGGGGUGGGAGGUGCUGGAGGCUGAUGGUUCUGUGGCAGAGAAGCCAGAGGAGGCCUCUGGCCUUCUACAGAAUAUUGUUGAUGUCUUCUCCAGAGGUUAUGAAACAGUAGCAGCCAUUUUGGGUCCGUCUGGUUCACCUCCAACAGAAGAUGUAGACAGUGGUGUUGUAGAUCCAGAGGACAGUGCAGUCCCAUCAGAGAGCUCCUCUGAUCCUGUCCCAGAUAUAUCUAUCCUUGUUCAGGAAGCAGUGUCUGGAGAGGCACCGCAUGUUGAGGGUGAAACCAAUCCAACUAUAGAGCUCCCAACCACACCUGAGCCAUCCUUGUUGACGGUGGAAGACAAGCAAUCCAACUCUCCAUCGGCAGUGAGACAAGACAGUGAGGAUGGGUUCAUUGGAGUCGAAGGCCCAAGCAGUAUGAGAAAAUGGCCGCCGUUGACGGAGGCUGACCUUACUGAGAUCUCCAGAGGAGAGUUUGUGGUAACUGGUGAAGAAGAGGUUACCCUUGACUCAUGGGCACAAAUAGGGGAGAAGUCCACAUUCAAAGUGCAGGAUGAUGUUGACGUUUUUUCAGCAAGGUCACCUAUCGAGACAGAAUUAUCACCUUCAUCACACCUGGACAAGGGCCCCCAACACACAAUCACAGAAGAAGCCUCCGGCCCUACCUCACAACCUACUGCAGACAAGUUGCUGGUAGAGGACAAGUCUGAAGAAUAUAUAGUACCCAUACCAGAUAAACCCUCUGAUGAUCAGACUGUCACCCCAGUCACCUCAGUUGAAACACAAUCAGAAGUUGCCCCCCCUCAGAGAGGCAGAAAGAAAAAAAGAUCCCUUCCACGAGAGUCUCAACAAAAAGCAGAUGGCCAAGGAAGUGUGGCUACCCAGGAUGUCGCUGCACAGGUAACAACUAAACUGGUCGCUCCUCAUCGUGUGAAGAAAAAAGAGGGAAGUCCUCCAGAAACUCAACAGGAAGCUGAUGAUCAAGGGAUUGUAUUUAAUGUAGUCCCUUCACAGCCUCUAAGGAGAAAAGACAGCCUCAGUCCAGAGCGAAAACAAAAAUCUGAGAAUGUGUCUGCACAGAAGCCCAUUGAUGAAGUCACUUCCUGCUGUCCGAAGAGAAAAGACAAUAAUCUUCUAACAGAACCUCUAGAGAAAGCUGAUGGUCAGAAGGGUUUCGCUGCCCAGGCAGCUCCUCAGGUGGUCCCAUCACGGCCUGGCAGUAAAAGAGACCGUAGUCUUUCAACAGAGCCCCAACAGAAAGCUGAGGCCCCUGUCCAGGCGCACAAAGAAGUGGUCCCUCCUUGCCGUACUAAGAAAAGAGACCGUAGUCUUCCAGCAGAGUCUCCACACCGACCUUUGAAGAGAAAGGAAAGCUUCACUAAAGACACAUCAACACAGGCAACUAGCCUGGUCCCACCUCCACGCCCAAGGAGAACCUCUAGAGCCUCCAGUGCAGAACCUUCAGAGAAACUUGACCAGGGAGCCACUGAACUGAUUCUACCACAGCCAACUCAGAAGGCUGAUGAGCCAGAGAAUUUGAUUGCCCAGGCGGUCACCAAGCUGAUUCCACCUCAGCGCACAAGGAAAGCGUCUUUCUCUACCGAACAUCGACAGAAAGCUGACGAUUUAGAGAGUGCUACUGGUCAGGUCACAACUGUUCCCCUAACACCAGAUCAUGUACCGACAGAGUCAUACACAGACUUUGGUGUGAGAGAGACUGCCCCCCUCUUGAUCAUCAGAAAAAUAGCCCCGCCAAGGCGCAGCAAGAAAACAAAUUCUCCCCCAGUGGAAUCAGGCAAAGCAGAAGAUGUGGAUGUAGAGGCCCUGAAUGCUGCCAACCAGGGGUCUGCAGCACCAUCCCAGAUAGAGAAUCUGAUGAUAGACUCGAUUGAAAAGGUUGAGACUGAGAUGCAGUCUAAGAAAGUCACAGAAAUGGCCACUGAGCCAGUUGAAGAUAAGCCACACCUUGAAGGGGUUGCCGUGAAUUUGACAGUAAUUUAUAGGCCGUUCAUUGACAAUGCAGCUCAGAAGGUAUCGACAGAGGACACUGCACCAGAAGUAAAGACUGAGGACAAGCAGGAGUACUUACCAGUCCCAAAGCCUCGUGGGAAACGAGACCCGACCCCACCUGUCCAUUUAGAUGCUACCAGACCAAAGACCUGGCAUGCCUCUAGUGGGGAUGACAACGAUUCUACCAGAGAGAGAGGACGUUCACUUGCAGCCUCAGCCUCUGUGCUGGAACCACCUCGACGCAGCAAAAGGAGCAGUAGUCUUCCUCCCGUACCCCCUGGGUGCCAGCCUGCAGCAUCCGGUGAAGUGGUGGUUGCUCCUCUGCGUAGGAGGAGGAGUAGACUAAACAUAGAGCAAUCAAGCGUGCCUGUUCCAGUUCCCCGCUCGAAAAAACGCCUCAGUUCCUCUUUCUCUGAUGGAACUCCUUCAAUUGACUCCUCAUUCACUAGGCAGACCGAUUCCCUUGAGGGCUCAUUGUCUCUCUCUCAGGAAGACAAACAAGUCACCAGUCAGGAAGCCACAGAGAGUUCAAUAUCAUUAACCUCAAGCAUGGUCUCCGAAGGGAGCUUUGUCACAAUUCUUCACUCAGAGGAGAUAUCACCAGAAGUUAUUGUCUGUGAAAAGGGACUGGAGGAGAGUGGGGAGAGCUGGACCUUCACAGAUACCGCUAUGGUCACUGUGGCUUUCACAGAUACUGUAAGUGAGGACAUUGAGAGGGGUUCAGAGGCAGAAACUGUCUUUGAGAAGGGACUGGAGGAGAGCAUGGAGAGCAUGGAGAGCUUGACCUUUACAGAUACUGCCAUUGCCACUGAGUCCUUCACAGAAACCCCUAAGUUCUUCGCAGACACUGUUAGUGAGGACAUUGAGAGGGGAUCAGAGGCAGAAGUUCUUGACCAGACCUCUCCAACCACUGCUACACCAGCUGAGGACGACUGGUUACAUGUUGCGGGAGCCAAAGAGACAGAGAAGAUGGAGAUAGAGAGAAAAUACAUGGGGGUUGAAGAGGUGGACUUUGGCUUUGAGUCAGUAGACGUAGCUGCCGGUGGCUUAGAUGAAGAGAGGCAGCAGGAGGCAGCAGAGGAGCCAACAACGCCUGAACGCAGACCUGCAAACUCUCAGGAAAUGGGUCAAGACAGUGCUGCUUCUCCAGAAGGCCUCAUGGCCAGUCCUGGCCUGGUCACUUCCAGCCAAUCACUACUGGAGUGGUGUCAGGAGGCCACCAAAGAACACAAGGGGGUCAAGAUCACUAACUUCAGCACAUCCUGGAGGAACGGCCUGGCCUUCUGUGCCCUUCUACACCACUUCCACCCGGACAGGAUAAACUUUGAGAUGCUGGACCCUUAUGACAUCAAGCGCAACAACAAGAAGGCUUUCGACGGCUUUGCUGAGCUGGGCAUUUCUCGGCUGAUGGGGCCCUCAGACAUGGCCCUCCUGGCCGUGCCUGACCGCCUCAUCGUCAUGACCUACCUCAACCAGAUCCGCACCUACUUCUUGGGCCAGGAGCUUAGCGUGCUGCACAUAGAGGCGGACAGCAGCGAGUCCAGCUACGGCGUGGCCGGGGAGAGCAGGGAGGUCCCCGACCCAGAGGCCGCUGCACGCUACUGUCAACGGAUCCAAGAUGAGACCCUCACAAUGAACACCAAUGGGGGCGCUGCAGAGAAGGAGGCGUAUAGUGACACUAAGGGGGGCACCAAUGGGGACGUGGUCCCGCCCCCUAGAACAAAACGGCUACAGGCUGCAGGGGCAGGAGGAGGGGCCCAGGCCCCCGUCGCACCCCCCAGGACACACUUCUUAUCUGCCAAGUCUGGGUUCUCCCAGCUAAAGGAUGCAGAUCUGGUUAAGAAGCGGCGGUCGCAACGCAGGUCAAUAGAUGAGGCAGACACAACCGAGGUUGCUACAGGUCAGGAAGAGGGUGGAGCUACCAGAAGGAAAUCAGAAACAGAAUGGGAAGCUGGUGAAGAAGGACGAUCGGCUGAGGAGGGGUGCCAGGACGCCAGCCAGUAUGCUCUGAGUGAGAUGAAGGCCCUGGAGACGGAACAGAAGCACAUUGACAGCAGGGCAGACAUAGUGGAAAGGAGACUACGCCGACUGAUGGAGUCAGGUAGUGACAAGAUGCAGGAGGAGAAGCUGAUUCAGGAGUGGUUCACUCUGGUCAACAAGAAGAACGCCCUCAUCAGGAGACAAGACCAACUACAGCUACUACAAGAAGAGCAGAACCUGGAAACGAGGUUUGAGAUGCUGAACCGAGAACUGAGAGACAUGAUGGCUAUUGAAGAGUGGCAGAAGACAGCGGCCCAUAAGCACAGGGAGCAGCUGCUACUGCAGGAGCUGGUGUCUCUGGUCAACCUGAGGGACGAGCUGGUCCACGACAUGGAUGCCAAGGAGAGAGGGGCUCUGGAGGAGGAUGAGAGGCUGGAGAGAGGCCUGGAGCAGAGACGCAGGAAGUACAGCAAGAAGAGCAAGGAGGAGAAGUGUGUGCUGCAGUGAGGCCUGGCGCCGGACACACCUGAACCAGGCAGCCCUGUGGAAGGUCACCUGGGUGCACUUUGGGACUGAUGCUGUAUGUGUGUGGCUCAUGACAUCAACACAGCAUGGAAGAGAUUGAGGACAGUGUUAUGUGACUGCACUAAGAGGACGGAAAACGUCCCUCCCCCACACCCCUCCAUGAUAUGACUGAGCCACAAUCCAACCUAUGACUGGUUAUCAUCAGUCGCUUUGCUCUUCAGAUUGUGUUUUGAUUGGAUUGAAGUGUUUUUCUUGUCGCGUAAUUUUCUAUAUGGAUGCAGAGUUUGUGUGUACCUGUGUUUGUGCGUGCCAAUGUGUGCGCUGAUGCGUGUCAUUGUGAGUGCAAUCUAUGACUGUAUGGGCGUUAUUUUGUGUAUUAACGUCGGGUCACAAAGACAUAUCCCUAACUAACCUAUCAACAGAUAGUUGCCUUACUGUAGAAUCUGUUACAGUAGUGUAUUGUUUCAAUGGUUACGUAUAAAAGGUAUUUUCCACUGAAUGGCAUAUUAUGGAUGGGACAGGGCUCCAGUUACUAUGUAUAACAAAGACCAACUUUAGGCCCAUGCAGCAGGUGGAUUGAUUCACCCGUCUUCACCUACAGUUACAUGAAGCUGACAGGAGCGGUCUGUGAUUUAUUGCCAAUUACAAUGGAGAGAUGGACGGGAAGUACUCAACUUGUGCCAAACAAAUAUUGCAAAAAAGGAUCUUUCUUAUUUCUUGCAGUGUGUUGCCUUGCCCUGUGCAGACGGCAGACAGCAAACAUCUGUUGUCUUGAUUGUUUAUCGACGCGGAUGUCGAGGAAAAAAGAAAACUGACAUUGUCGACAAGGUCUUGGUAUUGAAGAUGUUAAAUGUGUACUUGCAGGGCUCCAACGCUCAACCAGAGUGGGAGAUUGUAGGGAGGAAAGGGAAAAGAACUGGAGUCUGUACGGUAGCAAGUUUCGUAACCUACAGCUCGGUGUCUGAAAGAACAAAACCGUUUUAACUUAUCCCAAAUCAUUUAUGGUUUUAUUUAUUGAAUAGGUAUUCAACAGAUACUCUUACAGAUCCAGCCUGUCAAAUGUGCCUUUUGACCAGACCCAAAGUUUUUUUUUUAAAUGACUGGAAGUAGGAACUUUGUUUCAGGUCUGGAUAUGUUUAUGCAGUGAGUUUGAGUUCAGUUACUGUUUUGUGAUAUUAGCCUUGUAAUGUCUUGUUUUCCAUUGAUUGGGUUUUGUUGUUUUAUUAAUUCAAUGAAUUGACGCAGAAGCUGUGGAGUCUGAAAAGGAAAUUAUCUACAAUACUAGAGAACAGCAAUAUUCAGAACAGAAAACAUCAGGCAAAUGCAUGUUUUGUAGUAUUACUAUAUAUAGUCUUAUGCACGUGGUUAUGACAGAGGAUGUAAUGUGCAAAAGUGUAUGCAGUAAACAAUUAACCCUAACAUGGUCAAAAAAAAUACACUUUACUUUUGCAGAAGAUUAAAACACCAGCACAUCCUUACUGCAGUAUUACUAUCAUUUGGCCAAGAUUGGACCAGAGGUUGAUAUUGGCUUGACCGCAACACAACAGAGUAAAAACUAGACUCUGUCCUGAGUGAUUUUGAGAUGCCAUUUGACUGAGAGUGAAAAACAAAUUGCCGGUGAAGUGUUUGAACUUGUGUUCCAGUCUGUGCCUCCUCUGCCACCCUGUUGUUAGUUACUGUGGUAAUGUUUACUAUUCCCUGUGUGAGUUUGAGAAAUGUGCUUUUGAGUAUUCUGAAAUAGCUUUUUGGGGAAGUUUUUUUGUUUGUUUUAAUGUUACGUACAUUUGCACUAUUUGUAAUGUUUGGAAAAUAAAAGCUAUUUUGGAUGA